AUGUUAGGCGCUUGGCGAGGAUCUAGACCAGACAGUUCUCACUUCGAAGCAGCCAUCAAGAAAUCUGGUAGAACAAAAAAAUGGAGAGAAGCGCUGCACCUGUUCUGCGAGGCAUCCAACACAUGCGUGAAACACAGCUAUGGCUGUUACGUUGCCACUAUGAGCGCGUGCGCAAAAGGACAGCAGUGGCAGCGAGCCCUGUCGCUGCUCUCCGAGAUGUGGGGGUCGAAGUUGGAGCCCACCGUCAUCUCCAUGCUACAGCGCUGGGAUCAGCGCGUGCGAGAAGGGCGAACAGUGGCAGCGGGCGCUGGCGCUGCUGAGCGAGAUGCGGGAGGCGAAGCUGGAUCCCGACGUCUUCAGCUACAACGCUGGGAUCAGCGCGUGCAGGAAAGGCGAGCAGUGGCAGCCGGCGCUGGCGCUGCUGAGCGAGAUGCUAAAAGUGAAGCUGGAGCCCGACGUCACUACAACGCUGGGAUCAGCGCGUGCGAGAAGGGCGAGCAGUGGCAGCGGGCGCUGGCGCUGCUGACCGAGAUGGGGGAGGCGAAGCUGGAGCCCAACUCAGCUACAGUGCUGGGAUCAGCGCGUGCGAGAAAGGUCAGCAGUGGCACCCAGCCCUGUCGCUGCUCAGCCAGAUGGUCGAGACGAAAGUAG